AUGACAUGGUUUGAAGAUGGUGAUAAAAACUCCAAAUUCUUCCAUGCACAUGUAAAUGGGAGAAGAAAUAUGCUGCAGCUUAGAAGAAUGCAAAACAGUCAGGGUCAACGGUUGAAAGAAGAAGAAGACAUGGCUGAGAAAGCUGUGAGAUUCUUUCAAGCACAGUUUCAUGAAACUGUCCUGAUGGAUUUUCAGGCCUAUUCUUUCAAUCUUGCUGGGAUAUUGUUGGAGAUGAUAUUUUCAACAUGGUGUGGGACUUUUUCAGAGAAUCAAGCAGGAUUUGUAAAAGGGAGGAGCAUUGUAGAAAACAUUCUUUUAACACAGGAGAUCAUUACAGAUAUAAGGAUUAGAACUACAAGAAACAAUAAGCAAGAUGUUCCUAAUGUAGUUAUGAAGCUUGACAUGACAAAGGCUUAUGAUAGCUUGUCUUGGAUAUUUCUUACUAAUGUUUUGAGGAAAAUGGGUUUUUGUGAGAGGUUUAUUAGUUUCAUUUUUGAAAUCACUGGCAAUAACUGGUAUUCUGUUCUUUUGAAUGGACAACCUCAUGGUUUUUUCCAUUCAACUAGAGGUGUCAAGCAAAGUGAUCCAUUGUCAAGUACAUUGUUCAUUUUAGCUGCUGAGGUAUUGCCAAGAAGCUUAAAUUCAUUGCAUGAUAAUCCAUGGUUCUGUGGAUUUGGUUUACCAAAGUGGAGUCCUCUUAUAAACCACUUAGCAUAUGCUGAUGAUACCAUCAUAUUUUAA